UGAAAGAGAGAAGUCUACACGGAGAGGCACAGAGAGAGACCCUGUGUGACGUUCUUCUUUGCAGGGACGUGGCAAGGGGGGGGGGAUGUUGCUUGAGGAGCAUCAGGAAUGAAUGAGAUGUAAAUAUUUACAGAACUUGAGGAGGGUCAGGUCAAAGAAUGAGGUUCCCAUCCCAAGAGAUUAAGUAGGCCUCUUGUGAGGGAAGGGAACUGGCUGCUUCUGCCUAACGUAGGAAGGAGGAUGUGAUGGGGGUGGAGAGGGAGAUGAAGCUGAUGUGGGAUCUCCCCAUUUGAUGCAGCACAGGAUUUGUCUUCUAAACAAGAUCGUCCACCCUCCCCUCCUUUCCAUUCCAGCAUGAGUGGCUAGACAAGUGACCUGGCUCAUCCAAGACUCCACUUCAGGACAUCAUAUAAGUUAAAGGUCAUCCGUGGAAAAACACUUUGUUCCUGAUCCAUUUUGCUGUUAGCUGCUGACUCUUCUCCUGCCCACAUGGCAUUUCAGUACUUGAUAGUGGUGGUGGUGGUGCUGGACUUGGCCAGGCCAGUUUGGCCAGGCCCUGAACCACUCACCGGCCCGAGGUGCACCUACACCUUCAUUUUGCCUCAACAGAAGUUCACGGGGGCUGUUUGUUGGAGCAGCGUGCGGCCUCCCCAAGACCCUCCGGGCCCAAAUCGCAGUGAGGUGGAGGAGCUGCGCUACCAGUUGAGCCGCCAGCAGGCCCAAAUGGAUGAGCUCCGGCAGCUGGUGGCAGUGGAUGGGGCAGUAGUGAGCGAAGUCAAAGCACUGCGUAAGGAGAGCCGCAACGUCAAUGCCCGUGUCACUCAGCUCUACACGCAGAUGCUCCAUGAGAUUCUCCAGCGGCGUGAGCGGCCCGUGCCAAUAUCCCACCUGGAAGGGAGGGUGGCUAAUGCUUCUGCAGAGGCCCUGAGGGUGGCCACCAAUUAUCGCCAGCUGGAGGGCAAGUACCAAGCCCUGGCUGCACUUGUCAACAAUCAGAGUGCCCUCAUCAGCCGCUUGGAGAGGGAGUGCCAGCAAGGAGUGGGCAACAAGAUGCGCCCGCAGCCACCUCUGGUGCCAGUGGUGCCUCACAAUCCCAUAAAUCUUGCCAAUGAGAGCAGAGUCCAUUUUGAUGGCAUCAAUGAUAUCCAAAGGGACCAGACUGCAGCGGCCCAACCCUGGCCAUCAAACAACGCUUUGGUUGCAUUGGAUGGCACAGUGCUGCCCCCAACCGUUGGGCCCACCAAACCCACAGGGCCCUGGCAGGACUGUCAAGCAGCUCAACAGGAUGGACAAACCAGUGGCAUCACCAUGCUGCAACCUACAGGUGCCCGGGGCAUCAUCCAGGCCUGGUGUGACCAAGAGUAUGAUGGAGGUGGUUGGACUGUCCUGCAGCGGCGGCAGGAUGGGUCGGUCAACUUCUUUGUCACCUGGCAGCACUACAAGAACGGUUUUGGGAACCUGGAAGGAGAACACUGGCUGGGUCUGGACUCUAUCUACUGGCUCACCCACCAAGACACCUACCUGCUACGGAUAUGGAUGGAAGACUGGAGCGGGCGACAAGCACAUGCUGAAUAUGACACCUUUGCCCUGGAGCCUGAAAGCGAUUUUUAUCGGUUGCGGCUAGGGCGCUACCAUGGCACUGCUGGCGACUCCCUCUCUUGGCAUAAUGGGCGACAGUUUAGCACACUGGACCGGGACCAUGAUGCUUACUCAGGGAAUUGUGCCCAUUAUCAGAAGGGUGGUUGGUGGUACAAUAUGUGUGCCCAUUCCAAUCUCAAUGGCAUCUGGUACAAAGGCGGGCACUACCGAGGUCAUUACCAAGAUGGAGUCUACUGGGCAGAGUUUCGUGGCGGAGCCUAUUCUCUCCGAAAGGUCUCAGUGAUGAUCCGGUCCACACAAAGCAGCUAAUUUGUGAUUAGUGGGAUUAGAAAAAACACACAGCUGGGAAGAGUCCAGGCAUACUUAGAAACAGGCGUCAUUGAAUUCUGUAAACUGACACCACCUAGUCUCCUCUCUAGGCCUGGGCCCAAGGGAACCUCGUUCCACACCAAGGGUGAAGUGGAUUGUCAAUGAAAGUUUGUAACAUCACAAAGCCAUCCAUCCCCUUCCUUAAAACUAGCAUUUAGUUUUUUGCUAUUAACAGCAAAAAGCCUUAAACAAUACCUGAAGCAUUAUGAAGGUAUACAAUAGAACAGGUAAUCAAUAUUUAAAGUAGAGAUGUUUUGUUUGCAGUGAGAAAGUUGGAUUGGUUAAGGUUGGGUUCACAAGUCUUGUUGACUAUAUUUUAAAUUACAUCUUCAGUUUUGCCCAUAUAGGUCAAUUUUAGGUGUAACAUCAGAUACGAUUGGAGAGCUUCACUGCAAGUGACUUCCUCACUUGAACAGCCCAAUAGUGCUACACCAUGUUGUUUACGAUGAUAUACAAGAGCCUUGAACUGAUGUACUGUUGAUUCCUGCCACAACUCACUUUCAUAAUGCUUGUGUGAGAUGGAACAACUCCUUUGGAGAUUCCUGUAUUUCCCACCUUCUGUGAUGUGUUGCGGCUGGAUGGCCCGUGAGGUCUCUUCUAACUCUACGAUUCUAUGAUUCUAAGAUCAAACUGUUAUGGGGAAAGCCUAUUAAUCUAUCUCCACCCACCCCCACCCAGGGAUAUGAUCAAAAACAUGCACCUCAAGUUGUCUUUGACUCGUCAUGACUGUCAGAAGGAGAAAACUCCAAGUCUUCCAAUCCUCUAUGGGCCUUUUCAGGUAUUGAAGACUUGGGGCUGUAGUUUCCUUGAUUGAAUUCUAUCCAUUUUGUCCAUCUGGAUUGUGGUCUUCCUCUUUUCCUAGUCCUUCUACCAUAGCAAGCAUUGCUGUUUGUACUAAUGAAUCAUAUCUUCUCAUUAUAUGGCUAAUGUACAACACUCCCAGUUUAGUCAUCUUGGCUUCUGGGGAGAAUUCAGGCUUGGAAUGUAUAUUGAAUAUCUCCAAAUAGUGGGCCGCUCUUUUGUUUUUCAUAUUUGUUCACACAUUUUAGUUAGAACUUGAGAUUUUGUUUCUGCAACGUGAAUCUGCUCUGUGGAUAUGUCACCUGUUCCUUUCUCCUAAGUGCUCCGAGUUCAGCUGCCAGUUCACUUUCUAAAAUUGUGGGUUCAUAUUCAAAUUGGUUUUUAAACAAAUAUUACCCUUUUUAUAUAGUUCUUCAGUAUGUUUCCAAUGUUAUUUUAUUGUACUUGGUCAUGUAAUGUCUUUCCCUACUGGUUGCUUUUGUGAAGCGAUCUUCUAUUUUUCUGCAUUACUACAGUAGUAGUCUUUUGCCCUGAGCACUCUGGACAGUUGCACUUAGGGUUCUGUCACCUUUUAUUUUUGCUUCUCACUUGUCUUUAACUGCCUAAGGAGUUUUGUAUAGCAUCAAUUAUGGUUUCUGAUAUUUCUUGGCUACAAAUAGCACCUUUUUGUAUUCAUCCCUGACAAUAUCCCUGGUUUCGGUUCUGAACUCUUCAGGCCUCCAGUCAAAUAGGCUUAAUAGUGCAAACCUUUUUUUUUACAUCAUCUUUAAAUUCUUCCAGGAGGUUGUUCAAACUGCAUGUUGGCAAAACAAAUUAUUCAAGGUCCUUCUUUAGCUUUAUUUUAAUUUUUGAUAUUUGCAGUUCAUGGUCUCUUGUCACAUUCUGCUCCAGGUCUUUAUUGCAGAGAAUUGAUCUUUUCCAUAUUUUGCUUCCAAUUAUGUAGUCUGUUCAAUUUUUAUAUUGGCCACCAAGUGAUGUCCAUGUAUACAGCCACUUCUUUGGUUGCUUGAAGAAUGUGUUUGCAUUGAACAAACUGUUGGCCUUGCAAAACUCUUACCAGUAACUCUCCGGUCUCAUUUCUCAAUCCUAGGCCAAAUUCUCCUACAAUCUUUGGUUCUGCUCAGUUUCCUACUUUUGUAUCUCAAUUACUUAUGAGGAUCAAUGUGUCAUGUGCCGCCCCAUAUGAGAGCCAUGCGUGAGUUAGGGCCUUUUACCCUAGCACUCAAGACCUGGCUCUUUACUAGAGCUUUUAAUCUAUGUUAAUUUUAUCAAUAUUUGUAUGUAUAUAUUUUUAUCCUUUACAAUUUUAUCUUGUAAAUCGCCUAGAGCAUCAUGGAUGGAGGGCGAUUAAUAAGUAAUUAAAUGAUGACGAUGAUGAUGAUGAUGAUGUUUGGAUGUGUGAUUAAUUUUCUCCUGGUCCCAAAACAGAAUCUUUCAAUUCUUUUUCUACCUUGGUAGUUGAAGCAUUCACAAUGCACUGAAUCACAGAAUCAUAGAGUUGGAAGAGACCUCAUGGGCCAUCCAGUCCAACCAUUUGCUAAGAAGAAGGAAAAUCGCAUUCAAAGCACCCCCGACAGAUUUAGCCUCUGUUUAAAGGCCUUCAAAGAAGGAGCCUCCACCACACUCCAGGGCAGAGAGUUCAACUGCUGAACUGCUCUCACUGUCAGGAAGUUCUUCCUGAUGUUCAGGUGGAAUCUCCUUUCCUGUAGUUUGAAGCCAUUGCUCUGCGUCCUAGUCUGCAGGGCAGCAGAAAACAAGCUUGCUCCCUCCUCCCUAUGACUUCCCUCACAUAUUUGUACAUGACUAUCAAGUCUCCUCUCAGCCUUCUCUUCUGCAGGCUAAACAUGCCCAGUUCUUUAAGCCGCUCCUCAUAGGGCUUGUUCUCCAGAUCAUUUUAGUUGCCCUCCUCUGGACACAUUCGCCCACCUCUGGACACAUUGGUGAAUGGACAACUGUAGUUUCGUCCUGCAUGUGGAAUUAGUAUGCAAGUCUGGAUCAGACAGUUUUGCAGCCAUAAUAUGAAAGUGAAUACAUGUGACUAAAAAACCUCAAUGGGAUAAAAAAAAUCUAGUGACUUAAGGGCUCCACUGCAGGGAUAUCACAUAGGAGAGGAAUCCAGCCACUUCCUUAACAUAGGGAUUCUUUAGCCUGCCUUCCACUGAGGUGUAUGAGCCACAGCAACAUUCACAGUAAUAAAUCAUAGGUGCUGAAAUGGUACAGCUUAAAAUAUUCCAACCUUGUACACUAUGCAGCUCCAGAGUUCUCAAAAAUCAAGAACCUGAACAGACUGAAGGAAGGGGACCACCUUGCUUUCAUUUUCCAAAAUUCCCCCUCCAAUGGCUGUGGUGGUUCAGUUCCUCUGAAGCACCCUUUUUCUGAACAAAUUAUCUUCUCUAAGGAAAAUAAAUCCCAAACUCGAAGUUUACCGGUCCAAUCAAAUGUACACAACUGUAUUUAUUUUGUUUAAGCCUAGUUUGCUCAAUUCUUGUUAAUUUUUUUUCAACCAGAAAAAAGGAAGCACACGUCCUGCAUUCAAAAUUACAUAUGCUAAUGUGUUUAUUCA